CCAGCGCUCGUCGCUUUCGCUCUGACGCCAUCCACGGGUGCCCACCCUGACGUAGCCAGAGAGUAGACUAGCAAAGCCGGCGGCGGCGGAGGCGGCGGCGGAGCCGAGGCGGUAGUAGCAGCGAAGCGACGGCAGCAGCGAUGGCCGGGGCGGGGCCAGCCCCGGGACUCCCGGGUGCAGGAGGACCCGUGGUCCCGGGCCCUGGCGCUGGCAUUCCGGGCAAGAGCGGCGAGGAACGCUUGAAGGAGAUGGAAGCGGAGAUGGCCCUGUUUGAGCAGGAAGUUCUGGGGGCUCCGAUAACCGGCAUCCCGACUGCUGUGCCCGCGGUGCCUACUGUUCCCACGGUAGAAGCGAUGCAGGUCCCAGCAGCUCCUGUGAUCCGCCCGAUUAUCGCGACCAACACAUACCAGCAGGUCCAGCAGACGCUAGAGGCUCGGGCAGCCGCUGCAGCCACAGUGGUUCCUCCCAUGGUGGGCGGCCCCCCCUUUGUGGGCCCAGUUGGCUUUGGCCCUGCUGAUCGGAGUCACCUGGACAGUCCAGAGGCUCGAGAAGCCAUGUUCCUGAGGCGAGCAGCCGUGGCCCCCCAGAGGGCCCCUAUCCUUCGGCCAGCCUUCGUCCCCCAUGUGCUGCAGAGAGCAGAUUCUGCUCUCUCUUCUGCAGCAGGUGGCCCCCGCCCAAUGGGCCUUCGGCCACCUCACCAGGCUCUCGUGGGCCCCCCGCUGCCUGGGCCCCCUGGACCACCCAUGAUGCUACCACCGAUGGCUCGGGCCCCAGGGCCCCCCCUCGGCUCCAUGGCAGCCAUGCGGCCUCCCCUGGAAGAGCCAGCAGCUCCCCGAGAGCUAGGGCUGGGCCUGGGCCUGGGCCUGAAAGAGAAGGAAGAGGCAGUGGUGGCGGCGGCAGCCGGGCUGGAGGAGGCCAGUGCGGCAGUGGCCGUGGGGGCAGGGGGUACCCCAGCUGGCCCUGUGGUCAUUGGGCCCAGCCUUCCACUGGCCCUGGCCAUGCCGUUACCUGAGCCCGAGCCCCUGCCCCUCCCGCUGGAGGUAGUUCGCGGCCUAUUGCCCCCAUUGCGCAUCCCCGAGCUCCUGUCCCUGCGUCCAAGGCCCCGGCCGCCUCGACCUGAGCCACCGCCUGGCCUCAUGGCUCUCGAGGUCCCAGAGCCCCUGGGUGAGGACAAGAAGAAAGGGAAGCCGGAGAAACUGAAGCGCUGCAUUCGUACAGCGGCCGGGAGCAGCUGGGAGGACCCCAGCCUGCUGGAGUGGGAUGCGGAUGACUUCCGGAUCUUCUGUGGGGAUCUGGGCAACGAGGUGAAUGAUGACAUCUUGGCGCGUGCCUUCAGCCGCUUCCCAUCCUUCCUUAAGGCUAAGGUGAUCCGUGACAAGCGCACGGGCAAGACUAAGGGUUAUGGCUUCGUCAGCUUCAAGGACCCCAGCGACUACGUGCGCGCCAUGCGCGAGAUGAACGGGAAGUACGUGGGCUCACGCCCCAUCAAGCUGCGCAAGAGUAUGUGGAAGGACCGGAACCUGGACGUGGUACGGAAGAAGCAGAAGGAGAAGAAGAAGCUGGGCCUGAGAUAGGGUCUGUGGCUGGGCUCCCGCUCCACCUGGCCGGGCGCCGGCUCUUCCCCAUGGUUCUCUUUGGAAAACUCCCCAACUGGACCCACACACCUGCCCCAAAACCAGUUUCAAUAAAUCUACUUUCAUUUCCA